GGCACUAUAGAAGCGGCCAAACAAUUGCAACUCAUUUACGGCGAGAGUCGUAUCGUUUUGAGGCCGCGGGAGAAGAAGUUGGGUUUGGGAACCGCUUAUAUGCACGGAUUGAAGCACUCCAGAGGCCACUUCGUUAUCAUCAUGGACUCAGACCUAUCGCAUCACCCGAAAUUCAUUCCGCAAUUCAUCGAAAUGCAAGCGAAGACGGGAUCAGAUGUGGUGACGGGUACGCGAUAUGCGGGCGACGGCGGUGUCUACGGCUGGGACUUCAGGCGGAAGUUGAUCUCUCGCGGCGCCAACUAUUUGACGCAAGUGUUGCUGAGGCCGGGCGUGUCUGACCUGACGGGCAGUUUCCGGCUCUACAAGAGAGAGGUGUUGGAGAAACUGGUGGCGAGUUGUGUCAGCAAAGGCUAUGUGUUUCAGAUGGAAAUGAUGGCCAGAGCUAACGCUAUGGGCUAUCGGGUGUCUGAAGUGCCCAUCAGUUUUGUGGAUCGGGUCUACGGAGAGAGCAAAAUGGGCGCAAUGGAGAUCAUUCAGUUCGCCAAAGGUGUCAAUACGUUUGGAUCAAUACUGAAGAAGUGUUCGCACAUCAAGUGUUUGUAUUUGGGAAGCGCUUGGAUUGACGAGAAGACAAUCGCUAUGAUUGUCACCCAUUGUUCACAACUGAAGCGCUUGUAUUUGUCAUACAUUCAGACCAAGACAUCAGCGGAAGUAUUAAACGACGCGUUAAGACCUUUAUUGCCUCAAUUGUCUCAUUUGACUCUCGAAGACAACGACUCUGUAGUGAACAAUACUAUGCAAUCGUUGCCACAAUUAUCAUCGCUUGUGUCCAUUAAAUUAUCCACAGAUAAGAGUUCAGCGAUUGAUUGUUUGCCGCAAAGUAUUGGUCGCCUAAGUCUUUCGGACACAAUCGACAUAUCAGUGGAUACGCUGAAGAAGAGAUGUCCACUUCUGGAAGCCCUUCACCUAAUGGAUUAUCAUCACGAUUCUGACCAAUACUGGGAUCAACUGUUUGCCGACAUUUGCGCACAUUUUGCGCUCAAACGACUUCAUUGGGAAGUGUUGUACUUCUCGGCGAAUCUGUUCUUCAAGAAUGUCUCAAAACUCUCGCAAUUGAGACAUUUGUCGAUCCAUUUAUGUAACGAUGGUUUGGACACAAAUGCCAUGCAAUCGAUGCCAUCACUCAAGUCAUUGUCAUUAAGUGGACUGAAAUGUAUGCCAAAAAUGUUGUCCAAAUUGAACCAAAUAUUUCCAUCGGUUAAGCGUUUAGUAUUGACUGAUAUUGUCAUCAAAUGCGAGUGCAGUGAUGGCCACGAAGAUAGGUUUGCGGGCAGUUUUCCCGAUGAUUGUGAAGAAUGUAUAUACAAAUGCCUGCAAUUAUGGUCACAAUUGCCGCAAUUGAAGCGAAUCACGUUCACAGACGAAGAGCGCAUGUUUAUCAUUGAAUCCAAUGAUCUGUCACUCAUGAGUGAACUAACUUUGAUACCAUUCUCUGGUCUGCGGUCCAAACAUAUGCCACAAUUGGCCGCUUUAGUGGCCGAUUGUGUGCAUAACAUGUCGCCUAAGAAAGUUAGCACAUUGUCCGACUCUACCAGUGAUAUACAGGCUAUUAAUCUGAAGGUUGAAUAUCUGGUCAAUCCAUUAGCUGUAGACAUACCUCAACCCCGACUUCAAUGGACACUACAGGCGCUGAAUGAGACGAAACAGAAUUUGUCGCAAAAGGCUUAUCAAAUACUUGUGGCCACAGAUCGGCAAAGUCUGGACAAAAACGUCGGUAAUCUAUGGGACAGUAAGAAAGUGGUGAGCGAUCGGACCAAUCAUAUUAAAUAUGGCGGCACUCCGUUGAAGGCCGGUAUGAGAGCACAUUGGAAAGUGAAUGUAUGGGAUCAGAAUGACCGCGUGCUCGACAAACAUCCGGGUUAUAUCGGUUUCUGGGAUAAAGGCUUAGAUGCUAGAGAUUGGACGGCCCAAUGGAUUGGUGCUCCCAAAGGCACACAACAACAGGCACUCAAAAAUCUCGCAGAUAUUGACAAUAAAUUGAUUAAAUCAAAGCCCGCUUUAGUGCCCGUCCUAUACCUUAGAAAAAGUUUCACAACAAACUCAAAAGUAAAAUCGGCUAAACUGUAUGCCACGGCUCAAGGCGUGUAUCAACUGUCUAUCAAUGGCCGUGUGAUUAACAAAUCAAUUCUCGACCCGGGAUUUACCGACUAUAACAAGACUAUCCAAUACCAGGCCUAUGACGUGAGUGAUCAGUUGGCGGGCGAAAAUACCAUAAGCGUACUGUUGGGCACGGGUUGGUACAGCAGUUACGUGUCGUAUGAACACAAGUACCACCACUUCGGGUCGGAUCAGCAUAUGUUGGUUGAGUUGCAUAUUGAAUAUGAAGAUAAGACUACUGUUGUUGUCAAGUCUGAUAACACGUGGAAAGUAAGCACCGGUUCCUACAUAUACUCAGACCUAUUGAUGGGUGAAUUGUAUUAUGAGAGUCGAGAGCCUAAGAACUGGAGAGAGUCGGCCUAUGAUGACAGCCACUGGCCAUCAGUGGUCACUAAACCCAUAGAUAAGACGGUGGCUCUCGUGGCCGAUAGGGCUGAACCGGUUCGGGCGAUACAAGUGCUCGAGCCUAAGACCAAACACGAGAGUCAACUCGGCGUUUGGGUCUUUGAUUUUGGCCAGAAUAUGGUCGGUUGGGUUCAAAUCCAAAUGCCUAAAGCAUAUGACGCGAGUCGUGUGCAGUUAAGACACGCCGAGGCACUCAACCCUAACGGAACCAUUUAUGUGCUGAACCUGCGCUCGGCUUUGGCCACCGAUACUUAUGUGUUGGACAAGGUCAACCGUACGACAGAGCUUUCACUUGAGCCGCACUUUACAACACAUGGCUUCCGAUACGUUGAGGUCACGGGAUAUCCGGGAGAACCAGCGCUAUCGGCCAUUAAGGGUAUUGUUAUCCAUUCAGACACAGCAUUUAAAUCACACUUUGAGACCUCAAACAAAAUGGUCAAUCAGUUGUUCUCAAACAUCAAUUGGGGUCAAAGGGGAAACUUCCUGUCCGUCCCGACAGACUGUCCGCAACGGGACGAGAGGCUGGGCUGGACGGGAGACGCAGAGGUGUUCGCCCAUACGGCCACUUAUAACGCCGAUGUGUCCGCCUUUUACACCAAAUGGUUGCGUGACUUACGAGACUCGCAGUCCACUGAAGGUGGAUAUCCUAAUGUGGCGCCCAAAGUGUGGGGCCGGACAACAAUGGGCAACGGGUCGCCCGCCUGGGCUGACAUUGCGGUGAUAUUGCCGUACACUCUGUGGCGACAGUACGGAGACAUUCAGGCCGUCGAAGACAGUUAUGAGUCAAUGAAACGCUAUAUGUCU